UUAUUCCUUUGAUGCUAUCCUUUCCAUAUUCUUUUCCCCAUUUCCCCCUACAAUUGUUUUUAACUAUAUAAGUUUGAGAAAGCCCUUGUUCAUCUUUCAUUAAAGAAUUUUCUUAAACUAGUUUUCUUAGUAACCUCAAAGGUUCUAGUUUGAAGAACUUAUACUAUCUCAUCUCAUUAAAGAGAAUGAAUGGUAAACAUGGCAGCAUCAAGAUCAACAUUCCUCCGGUAACGGCGAAAGUAAAACAACCGGAAACCGAGAAGAAUUCCGGUGGCCGUGGAGGCUUCUCAUCAUCCUGUAAAGGAUGGUUAAAGUCUUUGUGGGAUUUCUGCAAAGAAGACACAAACAGAGUAACAUUUUCAAUAAAGGUGGGCCUUGCUGUUCUUCUAGUGUCCUUCCUCAUUCUUUUCCAAGCACCUUAUAAGGUAUUCGGCACCAACAUCAUCUGGUCCAUCCUCACUGUAGCCAUCAUGUUCGAGUAUACAGUUGGAGCGACGUUUAACCGGGGAUUCAACCGCGCUCUCGGAAGCUUACUCGCUGGAAUCUUAGCAGUUGCCGUUGCUCAAGUGGCUCUAUGCACUAGCCAUGUUGCAGAACCUAUUAUCAUUGGUUUCAGCAUCUUCUUUAUAGGAGCUGUAACUUCAUUCAUGAAGCAAUGGCCAUCACUGGUGCCGUAUGAGUACGGUUUCAGGGUCAUACUCUUCACCUACUGUUUGGUGAUAAUUUCUGGGUAUCGGUUGGGGAACCCAGUGAGGACUGCCAUGGAUAGGUUGUACUCGAUUGCCAUCGGAGGAUUUGUAGCAGUUCUAGUGAGUGUUCUUGUGUGUCCUGCUUGGGCUGGGGAGCAGCUUCACAAGGAGCUAGUUAAACACUUUGAAGCUUUGGCUGACUCUCUUGAAGAGUGUGUUAGGAAAUAUUUAGAAGAUGAUGGAUCUGAACAUCCAGAGUUCUCUAAGACUGUGAUGGAUGAGUUUCCUGAUGAGCCUGCCUACAAGAAAUUUAAAGCCACGUUGAACUCAUCAGCAACAAUCGAUUCUCUGGCCAAUUCAGCAAAAUGGGAGCCACCACACGGCAAGUUCAGGCAUGCGCAGUACUUCUUCUACCCUUGGUCGCAAUAUGUAACGGUAGGCAGCGUUCUCCGGUCCUGCGCUUAUGAAGUGAUGGCCCUCCAUGGUGUCCUUCACUCUGAGAUACAGGCACCUUAUAAUCUUAAGAGUACCUUUCAAUCAGAGAUUCAAGAUGCUACUAGCCAAGCAGCAGAACUAGUGAGAAACUUGGGAAAGGACAUUAUGAACAUGAAGAGAAACCUUAGAACCUCUCUACUGAAAAGGGUCCAUAGCUCUACAUUGCGCCUUCAGAGAUCCAUUUACAUUCACUCUUACCUCCUCACAUCAGGACAUGACUUUCUACCUGACAACAAUAGUACUAAACCACUCUCCAAACAACUCUCUCAUGCUUUCUCAUCUACCCUCUCUGAUCUCUCAGCCCAAUUGGCUACUUACCAAGGUAGCGCCGCAGAUAGCGGUGGCAGUGGAGAUGGCAGGGAAGAGGUGUCACCGAAACAGGAGGCGACGACAUUGCAGAAAACACAGAGUGGGAGUGGGACUAUACUUAUGGCUGAAUCUUACCAAGAAGCAAUGAAGAAGCACCAAAGGAGGCAACAUUCAUGGCCAUCAAGAGAGGUGGAUGAUGAGUUUGAAGAAGGUAGUGUUGGGGUGGAUCAUCUUCUGCCAAGGAUGAGGGCAUUAGAGAGCACUGCUUCCUUGUCACUAGCCACAUUCACUUCAUUGCUUAUUGAGUUUGUGGCUCGUCUUGAUCACUUGGUUAAAGCAGUGGAUGAGCUUGCUAAAAUGGCUGAGUUCAAACAGGACGAUUUAUGUAACUGAGGUGGUUAAUUUCUUCUCCCACACAUGCUUAAUCCCCUAUUAAUAAUGUAAAAUUUAAAAAUAAAAAUAAGAAAGGAUUUUUGAAAGGAUUUGUCUUAUUGACACCCAUUAAGGCUUAAGGUGUCAUAUUUUGUAACCUUACUUUUUUUUGUCUUUUUUUAGACU